GCGAGGCUGUCCUGGCCUCCCUAACCAACCAGUUGACCGAGCCCCGGGAGGGAAGUUGCCGCAGACGCCCGGGCCGUCGGCCCUCCUGUACCCCGGCCAGGUACACAGAUUCUCCUAGCAUGACUGCGAUCUAAUCAGCAGCCACGAGAGUUUGACUCCUGUGUCUGGCGCCGUAGUGCUGGGGCCCGGUCACUGCCCACAACUGCAGAGCCGCCAUGGCCGCUGCUGCCUCUGCUGCCUCUACUGCCUCCCCUGUAAUUUCACAGCCUCAGUUCACAGCCAUGAAUGAACCACAGUGCUUCUACAAUGAAUCCAUCGCCUUCUUUUACAACCGGAGUGGAAAGUAUCUUGCCACAGAAUGGAACACAGUCAGCAAGCUGGUCAUGGGGCUUGGAAUCACCGUCUGUAUCUUCAUCAUGUUGGCCAACCUACUGGUCAUGGUGGCAAUCUAUGUCAACCGCCGCUUCCACUUCCCUAUUUAUUACUUAAUGGCUAAUCUGGCAGCUGCAGACUUCUUUGCUGGGUUGGCCUACUUCUACCUAAUGUUCAACACAGGACCUAAUACUCGGAGACUGACUGUCAGCACAUGGCUCCUUCGUCAGGGCCUCAUCGACACCAGCCUGACGGCGUCUGUGGCCAAUUUACUGGCUAUCGCCAUCGAGAGGCACAUUACAGUUUUUCGCAUGCAGCUCCACACACGGAUGAGCAACCGGAGGGUGGUGGUGGUGAUAGUGGUCAUCUGGACCAUGGCCAUUGUCAUGGGUGCUAUACCCAGUGUGGGCUGGAAUUGCAUCUGUGAUAUUGAAAAUUGUUCCAACAUGGCACCCCUCUACAGUGACUCUUACCUGGUCUUCUGGGCCAUUUUCAACCUGGUGACCUUCGUUGUAAUGGUGGUUCUCUACGCUCAUAUUUUUGGCUAUGUUCGUCAGAGGACUAUGAGAAUGUCUCGGCACAGUUCUGGACCCCGACGGAAUCGUGAUACCAUGAUGAGUCUUCUGAAGACUGUGGUCAUUGUGCUUGGCGCCUUCAUCAUCUGUUGGACUCCUGGACUGGUCUUGCUGCUCCUCGAUGUGUGCUGUCCACAAUGCGAUGUCCUGGCCUAUGAGAAAUUUUUCCUUCUGCUUGCCGAGUUCAAUUCUGCCAUGAACCCCAUCAUCUAUUCCUACCGCGACAAGGAGAUGAGCGCCACCUUUAGGCAGAUCCUCUGCUGCCAGCGCAAUGAGAACACUAGCGGCCCCACAGAAGGCUCAGACCGCUCAGCUUCCUCCCUCAACCACACCAUCUUGGCUGGAGUUCACAACAAUGACCACUCUAUGGUUUAGAAAGGAAACUAAGAAGGCAGCCAUCAUCUGCGAAGGGAUGGAGAGACUCCCCCCACCCCAAUGUGAGGGCAAGGUGUGGGGUGUCAGAGAGAGGAAAAAUAAACUCAUGUACUUAAACACUAACCAAUGGCAGUAUUUGUUCCCAGACCCAGCAAGACUUGAUAUACAUUGAAAAGUAGCUUAUGUGACAACCCUCAUCUGGAUCCCCAUUGCUUUUGAAAGUAGAAAGUGGAGACCUUGUAAUGGAAUUCAUAAAUAGACUCUGGAGUGUCCAUUUAGGCAGACUUCAAAAGAUUUUGUGUGGUUUGGUGCAAGUCAGAAUAAAUUCUGACUAAUUGAAUCCACAGCUUCAUUUGCAUACAGACUUCCCUUUUUUAUUUUUAAAGAAUACAUUUCAUUUAAUAAACAUGUUUAUGCCUAUCAGCAUGCUUGUGAUGGAUAAGCCUAUAGACUGUUUUUAAACUACCAUAACUUCAUUUUUUUUCCUUAUGUAGGAAAACUGUAAAUUAGAAUUAUUUUUUUUUAGAAAGCAUGCAUGUAAUGUAUGUAUGCAGUAUGCCUUACUUAAAAAAGAUAAAAGGGUAUAAAUUUUAAAUCUUCUAGAAAAUAGAAGAACCUAGAUGUCAAAGCCAGUAUUUGUUUAGGUUAUGGAACAAACAAUACUCUAAUCACAAUAUUACCUUUUUAUUAAAGUGUUGUAACACAUAUAAAACAAAAAUGGGAUGUAAGUUUAUUACCAAAAUAAUAUGUACUCUAAAAAAGUCAUAGAAGAUACACAGUAAUAUUGUUCCCACAUAUUUAUAUCAAGUACAUUCUAAUUAUUAGUACAUUUGAGGAAUUUUUAAAUAGUCUGAGUUUUUCUGUAUUAUGAAAUAAUACAUACUCAUUGUAGAAAACUUGAAAAAUGCAGACAUGCGUAAAACAGAAAAUAUAAUUACUGAUACUAUCCCAACCCAGGGGUAACCACCAUUAACAGCCUUUCCCCUGUGUACACCUAUAUACACAUAUUAUAUGCCUUUUAUAUAAUUGGGUUCAUACUGUAAACAAUUUUAUAACCAGGUGUUUUUUUUUUUCACUAAAAAAUUGCCACAUUUUCCUAUGGCAUUAAAUGUUUUACAAAAACAUAAUUUUCAUGCUAUAUAAUAUUCCAUUUAAUGGAUGCAGCUCAGUUUAUUUAGCCAUUUCCAUAUUGUUGAUUACUUAGAUUAUUUCUAAUUUUCAUUGUUAUAAAGAUGUUGCAAAAAUUUUAUGUACAUAAAACUGUCCACAUAAUUAUUUGCUUAGGACAUGUUCCCAUGAAGGAUUUUUUAAAAAUGUGAAAUGUCUUUUUAUGCUCAUACCUUUUAUAAAAAGGGAUUUCCUGCUUUGCACCUCAUGGGUGACAAUUGUGAGGAAAGCCAGUGAAAUUACCUUUUUACAAAGGAAGUCCAGUGGUUAGUUUAGAGUGACUUUCUAGUCCAACAAGAUGGACUAGACACUGUCAACUGUCGCAGAUAUCAAGGAUACCCGAAUUAAUAUGUAUAGCAAUUCCAAAUUUUGUCUGAGGGACCAGUUAUUCAACUUUUAGUAGCCAUAACUGCAAUGCGUAUCAAUAAAAUUCAAGAAAACGCAAAAUCAAAUGUGCCAAGUGAAUGAAGGAUUUUCAUAUCAAAUGUCUUGGGACCCUUCUGUAGCAAAUUGGUUGAGUGUGACUGGAUAUGUGACUGGAUACUGUGUAUUCUCUAAGAAUCACCCCAGAUAGACUGCUGCCAUGUUAGGUGAUAACCUAUUUAAUUCAUUGUCUAGGAAAACUAGCAAUUGCACCAGUUUGUUGUAACAGGUAACCAGUAAAGUCACAGGCAUGAAGCAGGUAUGGGAAAGUCAGGAGGAUGUUUAGGAGCAAGAUGUCCAGGAGGAGAAUGAUUGUCAAGGGAGGAGGGAGUCCGUGCAUAGUCACCAUUUGAACAGAGGGCAGACUUGGGAAGCGCCCAGAGUAAAAAGAAUAUGGGUGAACUGUUCGCAGAAAGGUGUUUGCACAUACUUUAUACAAUACACAGAGCAUUUUAUAUUGGAAGUGAAAGAAAUGAACUUGGACUUUUACUCAUGUGCAUGUGUUCUGAAGGAGAUAUGGACUAUUUGACAUUAAAAACAUACUAAUUGGACCUUAAU